AUUAAGGUCUCUUCUCUCUUGCCACUCACUAUUAAUCGAGGCUGCCAUGGAUACACAGGGGCCCAAUAUCAAGGCCUCCCAAUUCGGGGCCGAAAUUCGCUCCAAGCAUUUCUCAUUCGCCGACGGAUAUCGGCCGCUGAAUCAUGGGUCAUUCGGAACGAUACCGAGAAUGGUUCAGGACUACCAACGACAGCUCCAACUCGAAACCGAAGCACGACCAGAUACCUUCAUCCGCUACACUUACCUACAGCUUCUCAAAGAGAGCCGAUCAGCUGUGGCACCUCUUCUUGGGGCUGACCCUGGUGAAGUUGUUCUUGUCCCAAACGCCACCACUGGUGUGAAUACCAUCCUUCGGAAUCUGUCCUUUGACCAAGGUGAUGUUGUUCUCUGCUUCGACACCAUCUACGGAGCAUGUGCAAAAACCAUACAGGCAUUAUCCGAGACUUGUCCAGUGUCGUCUCAUCAGAUCGAAAUCACCUAUCCCAUCGAAGAUGCCGAAAUCCUGCGCCGAUUCCGCCUUGCCGUUGAGGAAGUCAAGGUUCAGGGCAAACAGCCCAAGCUCGCCAUGUUUGACACGGUACUCACCUUUCCCGGUGCACGCUUUCCGUGGGAAGCAUUGGUGGCAACUUGCAAGGAACUCGGCAUCAUGAGCCUGAUUGAUGGCGCCCACGGACUUGGCCACAUCGACCUGACGAACCUCGGCGAAGUCGGACCGGAUUUCAUGGUCAGCAACUGUUACAAGUGGCUUAUGGUCCCCAGAGGGUGCGCUGUUCUGUAUGUGCCCUUCCGGAAUCAAAAGCUGAUAUCGUCCACUCUCCCAACGUCCUGGGGCUAUAUGCCUAGGGAUGAGCGCGCAAAGACGGACCCGCACGAGUACUUCUCCCGGCUCUUCGACAAAGUGUCGACAACGGACAACACGCCGUACUGCUGCAUCCCCCUGGCGCUCAAGUUUAGGUCGGAAGUCUGCGGCGGCGAAGCCAGGAUCCUCGAAUAUUGCAAAGAUAUCGCACUACAGGGCGGAGCCAGAAUGGCCGAGAUUCUGGACACGGAGGUCCUCGGGGGCUCGUCGAGCUCGUUUCAGCACUGUUGCCUCACUAACGUGCGACUGCCACUGACACUGGAGGAGCUCGCCAUCGACGAAAGCUGUGGGAAAAAGGUUGCAAAGUGGAUGCAGGAGCUAACGCCUGCCGAGUACGAGACGUAUCUCCCCAUCAAGUUCUACGACGGCCAGUUCUGGUGCAGGAUCAGCGGGCAGAUUUACCUGACGCUGGACGAUUUUGAGUGGGCUGCAAGGACUCUGCUUCAGCUCUGCGAACGGGCAAGAAAAGGGGAAUGGGCCGCCUGAACUCUCCUUGAUUUCCCUGAGCCUAGCUUAACCCAGCGUGCAGCCACUGAGAAGAACCAGAGGGCCAUUUUCUAUUCCCAUAAGCUUCCAAGAAGUAACUCGUGGGAGUUUGUUACACAUACACACGAGUAAUCCUCCACCUAUUUUCUCUUGGCUAGUCUAUAAUUUACUUGAUUGGUCGCG